GAGAAUCAACUGCACUACCGCAAGUGUUCGAAACUACACAAUUCAUAUCCAUUUUGACCCCAUGGAAACUUGUUUGUCAAGACUUAUCUCAACAUGUCCAAACUUGUUAGACCCCGCUGGACCUCAGUUUGUUUUCGAAACUAAUUUGCAAUUGAAGAGAUAGUGCAAGAGAGCUGGCUACUCAAUCUAAACUGCAAUACUUCAUCAUGGCUCAAGAAGGAACAUCUUCAAGGUACACGCGCAUUCUCAAGGUUGGGUUUAAAUCUUGCCUAAUUCUAAGCACCGCUGCACUCUUGUUGGCUUACAGAGAUGUUAGUGUGAAGGAGCUAGUUAUAGCAGAACAUAUAAACACUUUAAACUUGAAGCUGCCAGAACGUCAAACUGUGGCGAUUCGUUCAAAACGAAGUCUUGGAUUUGAUGAUGCUUUCGGAAAUCUUCAUAAACGCCUUGAUUUCCUAGAAAAAAGAUUCAAACAGAGUAGUGCUUUUGACAAGUUUGGGAACUCCACAUAUGCAGCACUUCUACCAUUUCUUCAAGGGCCAAGAGGUCCACCAGGAACACCCGGUGAAAAAGGAGAUCGUGGCCUGCGAGGAGAAAGAGGGAGUCCUGGCAGUUUUGGAGAGAUGGGCCUGAAAGGUGAUCACAUUGACCAUAAUGCCGAAGCAUCUGGGGGCUCUGUUUACAUCCGUUGGGGUAAAACGUCGUGCCCAGAGAAAACAAAAGCAAUGCUCGUCUAUUCAGGUAUAUCAGCUGGUCAGAGCUCUGGCCAUACAGGAGGGAUGUCAAACACAUUAUGCCUGCAUUCAAACCCCAAAUUUGGGAGUUAUUCAGAUUCUGUGGAUACCUUACAAUGGAUUUAUAGCGUUGAAUACGAGAUCAGUGCAUUCAAUCCUUUCAAGAGGCAAUUGCACAACCAUGAUGCUCCUUGCGCUGUUUGUCACGUGGCGACUCGCGGUGCCAAAGCAAUGAUUCCCGGUCGCAUCACUUGUCCAUCCGGCUGGACAAUGGAAUAUAAAGGAUACCUGAUGAGUGAGACGUACCAGAGCCAAGGCCGUACCACUGCGGUUUGCGUUGAUGAAGAUGCAGAAGCAUAUCCUGGAACGUAUUCUGACGGCGGCGGGAGUUUAUGGUACUUGGUUCAAGGUAUUACGAAACCGUAUAUUUCCGGACGCGAACUCACAUGUGUUGUCUGCACACGAUGAGCUUUGAUAAUGUAUAUGUUUAUGUUAUGUUAGAAUAGAUAAAGAGAAUAUCAUAAUAAUGCCUAAUACGGUAUGCAUUAAUGCCUAAUAUGGCAUUAAUUAAUGCCUAAUAUGGCAUUAAUUACCAUAAAACUUUGGUGACAGAAUAUCAAUAUUUUCAAAAUCGUGCUCGGGAAGCAAUGAUUAUGGUGUCUAGCAUCUGGAACUAGCUGAUGAAUAACAUGGCUCAUCCUUUAUUUUGACAGCCCCCCAGACCCUUACCUUGUCGGCAAAUCUUCAAAAUUGAAGUUUUGUCGGCAGCCUCUUGGAAACUGGCAAAUUUUCAGAAGAAAGAAAGACAAUUUUGCCAUUUUCAAAAUAUAUAUUAUCUGUUGUUGAUGACAGCACCAGUCACUGUUGCUAAAGAUGAACGCACAUUUGGGGUCAUCCAUAAAGUACGCACUCAGGGGGAGGGGGGAGUCGAUAAAAAAUUGUACACUUGCAUACACGUGAGUACGCUUAAGAACUUCCUAAACGUGAAAUAUGAGCCUUGCAAGCUUGCUCAUUCAUUGUUCAUAUGACAGAGAUUUUAGUAGGAAGUUUGAUGCAUAUUUUCAUCCUACCUAAAAUCUGCUCUGUUUGAUGAACUUCCGAUAAAAACUAUGUGAAAGGCUUUGCCUUUUAGAAAGCUAAAUACAAUAAGUUCAAUGUUAAAGAAUCUGCUUCGAUGUGCUUCACAUGAUUACAUAAAUUAGACAACUGCAUUAACAUAUAUUAUAACAAGGAAUGGUCAGUAUGGGCAAUUCCCUGAAUUCCCCUGGAAACUCUCAAUUAUUUGUAUUAUACCAUGAAACGGGAGGGAGGGGCAAAAAAGAUAUAAGCAUACGCAGUGUACGCAAAAAGGGGGGGAUAUGCGAAAAGCGUACAUGUGCGUACAAGGGGGGAGGGAGGGUUAACAAUUGGCUCUCAAACUGCGUACGUACUAUAUGGAUGACCCCUUUAGCCGACUGAUACUGGUGAAAACCUAACGAGAAUGAUUGAUGGUCGUACAAACUCUCUCAUAAUAAAGGACAGGCGCGGUCUGGCCCGGGUGGCAAAAUCCAACAGAAUCAUUCUUCAUCAAAGUUUUCAAGAGGAUCAACAGCAGAAUUUUCUGGACAUUUCACAAACACAUUUUCGCAGAUUUAGUGUUUCAGGAAGUUUCGAGUAUCAAUCAUCCGCUUUUUUAGGCCAUAAACGCUAAAAAACGCAAACGUUUCUUCCCUUGAAAGUUUCUUCCCGUGAAAGUUUCUUCCUUGAAAGUAGCAAGCAACAGAUAAAGGCUUCCUUUCAAGUUCUUCUUUUCUCUGAAACCCUCUGAAAAGUGUAUGCUUAAAAGUUAUAUUGAAGUUCAACGUGUUUAGAAUUACAGAGUUUGAUACAUACUAAGGAAUCUAUAUCAUUUUAAGUUCUCUCAAUGAUGUUUUAGUGUGAAUAAGUUUGUAGAUUACUAGAUUUCAAAUUGUAGACAAGAUACUAACCUAGACAAAUGAAAAGAUGACACAUAACAGAAAAGAACAUGCAGGUUGAAUUUUUGAUUACUUUCUUGGUUCAAUUUUCGAAUAUUAUAUAUAAUAGGUUCGCUUGAAAAUAUUGCUAAAAGUUUUAGAAUAGGAUUUUUUUUCGAACUGUUAUUAGAGUUUCUUGGAGUUACAAAUAGAACCAUUGUUUUGCUGUUAUUGUGCAGAGUUUAACUGCAUACAUAGAAUCCUUGAUUUACAUAGAGAACCAGAACCGUCAAUAAUUGUUUGGACUGAGCAUAUUUUAGCCUUUUCUCGCAUUAGAGGGUGUGGCUCGAAAAGUUUUUCUACCACACCCUGAACCAGGACCUUUUGGUUUGCUAGUCACCCUGAAAUUAUGACGCUGAGCAAAACUGAAAUAUAACAGAAUUAAGUGCUGAACAGUAAACAAUAAAAACUAUACAUUUUAACAGUUACAGACAGUUACAUAGAUAUUUUCCUUCGUUUUAAAAUAAUCUGCAACCUCAAAAUUCCUGAGAAUAAAUAUUCGCGAAUUUUAUCAAUAAUAAUCAUAAUCAUUUAAGAACCAUGCCCGUACCUGUUGCCACACCCAUUUUGUCGGCAAACUAUUUGCACCCCCCCCCCUCCAUAAAAAUUUUCUAGCGACGGCCCUGUGUCAUAUUAGCAGGAGAGCGUUCCCUGACCAUAACCGAUCUGUGAUUGGCUAAUACAAUAGAAAGAAUAGAAAGACCGAUCUUUGGUAUGUUUGAAACUAGGUUAACCGAUUUAUCCUAUCUUGAAUCGCUAGUUCCGCUGUCAAGGAGCCAUGGAGGGGGGCCCGGGGGUGUUGAAUACACAACAGAGAGUCUUAAACACAAUCGCAGGUGUGUUUUGUGCGGCCGUGGGUGUGGUUGUGAGUGUGGAUUUUAAAAGAAGCGUAAAGCACAUCCCUCCUUUUAACCAUUUAAGGAAUACGUCGAAAUACGUUAUAUGAAAAUCAGCCUUUAGGAACAGAAAAGAGCAAAACGGAAAGAUAUAUAUCGUUGAUCGCUGGGCAUGAUCCCCGAUACAGAGCAUUAAGUCCAGGUAACUCCACCCUUGUUUAGCAGGGCUGCCGAGAAGUGGGGGCAAGGGGGGCUAAUUGCCCCAAGGCCUCGAGGUCUAAGCAGCCUAAUAAAGUACGGAAUUCUGUUUUAAUAUGGAAUCGACUAGAAAUUACUGAAGUACUUAAUAUACGUAGAUUUUAAAACAUCUUGAUUGCACAUGAAAUGGUGCAAAUUUCAUAAUGGUUCCAAUAGGAAAUUUCUUCAGGUCUUCUAAAACUUACCCCAUUCUAAAAUACAAUUGGCGAUGCGCAAAAGAGCUAUCACAACCAACAAUUCCUUGAACGAGUUUUUUUUAAUACACAAUUUUAACUUGAACAAACUUCAAAUGAAUUUAUUUAUCAUAUACUCACCGACAUAGCCCCUAGCUUAACAAACCUGAGAGCGAUUAUGUUCACAGCCGAAAACAUAUAUCAGUUAAUUUCAAUUCACCACAACUCUUAAAUUCGAGGGGCCCCGAGAAAAUUUUUUAUUCUAAGCUAAGUUUCAUAAACGUUUUAAAAGACUGCAAGAAAAGACUGAAAGAAAUAUUCUACUUCUGGUGAAGGAAGUUCCUCUAUGCUGAAAAAGUAAAAAAAAAGAAUGAACGUUUUCCCUUAUGCCUAAUCAGGCACCUUGCUCCAGUCAAAAAGUGGGGUGGGGGCUGAAAAGGGCAUGAAAGGAAACUUUUUAAGGCCAGGCCCUUUAGAACUUCGGAAAAUGCCCUUUUAGAAAAGUCUUGCUUAUUCCACUGAUUUUUUAUAAACCAUCUGAUUCAGAGAAGAUACCAAUAACAAUAAAAAUGAAAGGGAUUUGCUUGGGGAUAAUAAAAUCCCAAGCUAACCAAGUUAGAAAAUACAUCGUAUAAUUAACCAAAAAACCUAGAAAAAACCUAGAAAAUAAACAAAAAGGGUUCCCAGUCAAGAAGAACUGCUACUACUUAGAAUCCAUAUCCAAAGUUGCGUUAUGUAAACUUUCUAAAAAAUGGGGAUGGGGGCUAAAACAUCUGCAAGCCAGAUGGCUGCGCGGUGCUUGUGCCUAAUGGCAGAAAAUUUUGAUUCUCUGAGCGUAUUAGACCCCAAUAAAAUAUUCCAAAAGUUUGCAGUAAUUAAUGGGGCCCCAAUCAACUUGGGCCCGGGACACCAACAGAUGUAAAUGCAGCCCUGUACAAAUAGACAUUUGAUAUUUAGAAUGAUAAAUUUUAAAAAGUAAAAGUGCUUUCUGUUCUUUCUUAAAGCCUCUUUUGUGCAUGCCGUUUUAACAAAUGUUUUCGCGAUAACAAUGAAGAAGAUCGGAUGGCAGAGAAAGGUGUCUACAUUAUAUCCAUGCCAUACAUCCAAACAAAGAGUUGUUCGAGAAGCGGUUGGAAAACGGCCUGUUUUUUUGAUAGGUGGUUUGCUGUUGCGUACAUAAAUUUUUCCCAAGAUAAGCGAAGAAUUUAUACCUUGUAUAGUAAGCAUAUAACCAUAUUUAGCUCAAACUUAACUAUUUCAAGAUGAGACAAGCUGGAAUUGUAGUGACGACUGCCUCUUGCCCCCAAACAGUAAUCAAACAAGAACCCGCUUAUUCUCGACCUCAAAUCGGGGGAUCUUACAACAAACAAACAUACAAACUAGUGGGGAAUUUUCCACCAGGCCCUUAAAUUUCCCCACUAGUUUGCCCAUGAUUCCCCUCUUAGCAAAUUCCCUUUUGUUGAAAAUUGUUAUAAAAAGCAUGACUGCUGUUUAUGUCAUUGUCGUUUUAUGUAUGUGUCAAAUUAUAUGUUACUUCUUCCCUAUCAUCGAAAAUGCAAAUCUCUGACUCUGUUUGAUUUUCUCGCACUACACCAAAGCGAGGUAAUGAAGUUCGCGGGAAAACUAAUUGUCCUGGAAACAUGUCUGAAAUUGCGUCAUUUUCCUGCAAACAUGUCAAGAUCUGAACUUCCGUCAUUUUGUCUGGUUUAUUUCACAUGUUAUUUUUUGCUGCAUGUGAGUAAGGACUGACGUGCAAGACCUUGAAGCCUUAUAUACUAUGCAUACUCGUCCUUUUUCUUUUGUUUUUGCCAUCAGUUGUGUCGCAUUAAGAAAAUUGCUCUUUUGUGUCAAUUCC